ACUAGUCAAUCAGUUGUGAAGUGUUCAAAAUUUGUUUUGUGGUUUUGUGAAAUUUUAGCAUUAAAAAAGACUAUAGUUUGUACUAUUUUUUUUAGAGAUAAGUGUUUAUUUAUCGAUCGGCAAUGUAUUUUACAAGUGGAUCGCAGUUCGGCACGUAGAGUGGGAAAUGACUAAACCGGAUAAUAGGGAUUUCGAGGAUAGGUACACGGCUUGUUUCGUUGAUUUUGGCAUUAAAAUUGCCGCCGGCCUUCUCAUUGGUAGUAUGAUGGGCAGCUUCUUCCUAAAAGGCGUCAGAAGGUGGCCCAUGUACAUCGGCGGAGGGAUCGGCGUCGGCAUGGCCUACACCAACUGCGAGAACAGCCUGAACAGCUUCUUACUGUCCAUGGAUCCUAAAGUUUGCGUCAUAAAAAAACAACCUUGAUGUGAGUGGACGUGUUAUCGACAAAUAUACAAACCGUGUUGUAAAAAUGUAAUUUUUAUUGUUUAAAAAUAAAGUUAACAUUUUAAA